UUUCUGUUGUCUAAUUUUUGCCUGAGUGAAAAUCUGCUGCUCCAGUCGUGGAAUAUUUAUUGAGCGCGCAUGAGGAUCGAGGAAGCCAUUCAAAACUGAACAGAACGCUUCGGAGUAGGCCGUGUAGUCGAAAGGAUCAGACACAUACUGUUGUUUCAGGUUUAUCUUCAGAUCGAAAGAGGUGGGAAUGGACCCGCGGAAAGUGACUGAAUUGAAGGCCUUCGUGCAUCUGUGCAAUGAUAAUCCCUCCGUGUUGCACCUGCCUGAGCUGGGUUUUCUCCGGACCUGGUUGCAGGGCUUGGGAGCUACUAUCCCCCCAGCCCCCAGCAAUGAGUCCUCGUGCAAGGGGGGAUGCCCAUGUGGACCACCACCAACCACGUCAAAGCCAGCAGCUGAGCCAAGCCCACCAUCAGAGAGUGAGGAGAGCGAGCUGGAGAUAGACAACGAAGGAGUUAUUGAACCAGACACAGAUGCACCCCAGGAAAUGGGAGACUUUGAAAACCUUGAGGUCACAGAGGACAUGAUGGACCAGGCAAAUGCUAAGAAAAUGGAGGCAAUUGAAGUCCUGGGAGAAGGGGAACUGCAAAAAGCUCUGGACCUCUUCACUGAAGCAAUCAAACUCAACCCAUGUUUGGCUAUCCUCUAUGCCAAACGGGCUAGUGUGUAUAUCAAGAUGCAGAAGCCGAAUGCUGCCAUAAGAGACUGUGACCGAGCCAUCGACAUCAACCCAGACUCUGCACAGCCGUACAAGUGGAGAGGAAAGGCCCACAGGUUGCUGGGCCAUUGGGAGGAGGCUGCUAAGGACCUGGCUAUGGCCUGCAAGCUUGACUACGACGAUGAUGCCAGCACCAUGCUGAAAGAAGUCCAGCCCAGGGCUAACAAAAUCAUUGAGCACCGGCGCAAAUACGAGCGCAAGCGCGAGGAGCGCGAGAUCAAGGAGAGGCAGGAGCGGGUGAAGAAAGCCAGAGAGGAGCACGAGAGGGCCCAGAGGGAGCAGGAGGCCAGACAACAGGCAGGUGGGGCUGGUGGCUUCCCAGGAUUCCCAGGUGGUGCCGGUGGCUUCCCAGGUGGUGCCGGUGGCUUCCCAGGUGCUGCAGGUGGCUUCCCAGGUGGUCCCGGUGGCUUCCCAGGUGGCAUCCCUGGUUUGGACAAACUUCUCAGUGACCCAGAGGUGCUCAUGGCCAUGAAGGACCCAGAUGUAAUGGCGGCCUUCCAGGACGUGGCUCAGAACCCCGCCAACAUUGCCAAGUACCAGAGCAAUCCCAAGAUCAUGGCCCUCAUUGCCAAACUGAGCUCCAAGUUCGGUGGAGCACAACCGUAGGGUGGGAGAGGGCAGCAAUGAUGGGGGGGGAAAGGUGGGAUGGGUAGACGAGGUGAGGUGGGACGAGUGAUGUUGGUGAAGAUGGAGUUUAAGUGUGGAGGUAGGACGGGGUAUGUGAUGGCUUUCCAGCUGUGCGUCAUUUUAGUGGGAGGGGGGGUUAUAUGGAAAGGUCAAAGGAGACUGAAGCAGGUGGGCUUAGCCAUAUGCAUGCAGUACAACCCCACAGGUGGUUCUUUGGCACUGAAUGGGGUGGCAGGUGCAGUAAAGUAAUUCUUAACAUGGGGCCAGCCUGCUUUAGGCAUACAGCAUUUCCUUUUUACAAAUUAACAGACAGUGGUGCAGGACUCAAACCAAACAUUUUUUUUGGGAAUAAUUUUGAAUUCAGUGAGACAUGCACACUCAUCUUUUCUACUCCGUUAGGGGUAGGAUAAACGAUCAGGGUGGACUUAAUCUAGUAGAAACAACGUGACGUGAAAAUUAGCAAAUCUCUGGUCGUCGAGCAGAUAUAGAUUUCUGUCUCGUCAGAGAUGGUCUGUUUGCAGUGGGUCUCGGGUGAACUACUCUUCCCCUCAGGAUUUUCUUUUACAUGUUUUACUUAUCUUCACUGUAAUGUAACAUAUUCCCCAUCUGUCUUUCUUGCUCCAAAAAGCAAAAAUGAGAUGUAUACCUGUUUGCAAUCAUUAAAAGACUAUUUCUGAUUGAUGCAAAAA